AUGCUCGGUGGAAAAGAAAAUGAGGGGUCCUCCAAAGCGUCGGUGAAAAGUAAAAGCAUAAAGAUAAUAAAGGUGCCAAAGUUUGUUUCAAAUAAAUGGCUGCAAUAUAACAAUAAAGAUAUUGUGGGCUUAUUUGAGCAAAACAACAAUGAAAUUUCGACCCUGUACGUACAGAAGGAUGACACCGAUAAUGUAAAAAAAUUGACGUGCAAUAAAGGCAGUACGGUAAAUACAUAUAUACUAAAACAAAGUAAAGUGUCGUUAAAGCCGAUUAAGGGGUUGACGCCUAGCAGCUCACCGUCCGCCACGACGACGACGGCCACCACUGCCCCUACGAACUCGAAUAGUAAAACUAGCGAAAAUGUAAAUCAAAGUAAAGUUAAAAUUAACCUGAACAAUCCUGUAAAGGAAAAUGCGGAAAGGAGCAAAGAAAUUGAUUAUGUAGUGUGUGCAGAUGUGUUAACAAAUUGCGAACAUACAUACUCGUUUUUGCCAACGCUAGAUGAAGAUUAUUCCUUGGUACUAAAGGAAAGACAUUAUAAAACCAAUGUGAAAAAGAAUCGGUUUACGAUUAUCGAAACAAGGAAUGAAGAACAUAUAGAUUCCUCUCAUACUCUGUUUAAAUACUACACAUCUGAUGAUCAUGCGCUGAACGCCUCUGGAGCGGGAAGUGCUAUGGGUGGUGCGGGCAGUGUCCCCGGCGCGGCUAACACGACGAAUGACGCUGGGGUGAAUAGCGCAAACAGCGCAAACAGCGCAAACAGUGCAAACAAUGCAAACAGCGUGAGUCACCUGCAGGGCGUGAGCAGCACGAGCAGUAGGGACAACAAACUGGGAAAGAGUAACAAGCGGACUCUUCAGGACUCGGAUGGCCAUUUCGGUUCCUCCUCUGCUUCUAAACAAAAAGCCAAACAGGUUAAAAAAAUGCACGUUUUCGACCUCGAUAAGGCGAAAAUUAGUAUGUUCAAAAUAUUCGAGCGAGAGGGGAAGAAGGGGGUCCCCUUCUCCGUGUUUGCCAAAAGUUUUAGCAUCCCCUCCAAUUACAUAAAAAAUAUCUUAGACGAAAUAGCCGUGAAAAAAAAGCGGGUCACGGAUAAGAAACCGGUGUACUUUCUGAAGGACUGCAUUGGUUGA